AUGUCUUCUCUUCGAGUUUUGCUCCCUAAGAUGGGUAUCGCUGGUAUUACCUUUCUGGCCGUCAUUGCCUCCCCUUACCUCGCGGCGGCCACCCCGGUCCCAGAGGGCGAGCCUGGCCUCAUCCCCGUCUCGCCCCUCUGCAACAUGCCCAACAACGUCAUUCCAGAGUCCCCCGACUUUAUCAUGCCGGGCAUCCCGCCCCCACCAGCCUCGUUCAAGCUGCAGAAGCGCUGCUGCUACGAGAAAGGCCCCAACAUCUCUCGCCAGGUGUGUGCCUGCAAGGCAUGGGACGCCUGGUGCAAGGCACAGUACAGCGGGUGUUGCGGAGACGUGCGAGCCUGCACCGAGUACUGCAUCUGCGUGCCUCCCGAGAGGUUCUGCGACCACCCCGAUGUGAAGUACCGCAAGGUUUGCGCGGAUCCCUACAAGGGAGAGGGUGACGUUAGCUGGGUUGCUGACCUGCCGUUUGGCGUUCCUCCCAAGUGUCCUGGGGAUCAUUGA